AUGUCUCGAUUAGAUCGUCUUGUAUUGCUACUAGACACAGGCUCAUCUGCAUUUGUGCGUAAUACUGCGGCUGACCAGCUGGCAGAUGUUCAAAAGAGCCAUCCCGAAGAACUAUUCAAUCUACUCGGGCGAGUUUUCCCGUUUCUAAAGUCGAAAAAAUGGGACACACGAAUUGCGGCGGCUCGUGCCAUUGGAGGCAUUGUAGCCAACUGUCCUCAAUGGGACCCCAAUGCGGAGGAGGCUUCCGAUGCUGCUUUGGCUGAUAACUUGGCUGUCAAGAGUGAGGUCAAAACCGAGGAUGGUGCUGAAUCGGCUUCAGCCAACCUCGACAUUUCUCUGCUAUCAGAUGGCAUGCUCAAUUUCGAGACAUUUGAUCUGGAGAAGGUCAUCCAGUUUGGAGGCAAACUGCUGGGAAGCGGAGGAAAAGAGUAUGAGGACAUGUACGCCAACCUGGAUCCCAUUGAGCGUCUUCAGAAGCAAAAGAAGACGUUAAAUAGCCGGCUUGGCUUGGCAGGUCAGUACAUGGAGGACGGUCUUCUGGACGAGUCGGAUGUCAAGGUGGAAGCCAAUGUGGUGGAGAAGGUCAAAGUGGAGACUCCAGAAAUCAAGACCGAGGUCAAGACAGAAACCACCCCCACUCCUCCGGCAGACGGACACUCUUCAGCUCGUCUGAGAGCCAUGGCGAAGAGACGAGCCAAGUUACAAAAGGGCAACAAUGCGAACAAAGUGCGGAUUGUGGACGUCAGUGGCAAGAAGGAGGAUGGAGGAAAGACUGUUAUCAAAGAUGACACCCCUGGAGGCAUUCACACCUCUGAAAACGAUGGCAAAUUACUGGUUGAAGGCAUUUCCCCCAUUGUUCAGCUCGGAGCAGGCAAAGUUUGGCCCUUUGAGGGUCUUUGUGAACUUCUAAUGGUCGACCUGUUCGACGAUAACUGGGAGACUCGACAUGGAGCCGCACUGGGACUGAGAGAAGUGGUUAAGGUGCACGGAAAGGGCGCUGGACGGGUACGGGGUUCCUCCGUGGAGGAGAAUGACGCUCGAAACCGGCAGUGGAUCGAAGAUUUGGCAUGUAGACUGUGCUGUAUCUUUGCUCUGGACAGAUUUGGCGAUUACGUGGGUGACCAGGUCGUUGCUCCUGUUCGAGAGUCCUCUGGCCAGACCCUUGGUGCUCUUCUGUUGCAUAUGGACGAGAAGACGAUCAGACCUACCUUCACUGUUUUGCAUGGACUGGUGCUACAAAAGUAUAACAAACCUGGUUCCAUGACAGUAUGGGAAGCUCGACACGGAGGAAUGCUUGGACUGAGAUAUCUGGUGUCUGUGCGAACUGACCUGCUGUUCAAAGACAAGGCCUAUCUCGACGAUCUCUAUGAAGCCGUUCUGAGUGGCCUCAGAGAGUCUGAUGAUGACGUGCAGGCAGUUUCGGCCGCCACACUAAUCCCCGUCAUCUCAGAGUACAUCACUCUAAGACCUGAUCGUAUCAAUGAGCUCAUGAGCGUGCUUUGGGAGUGUUUAACCGAUCUCAGAGACGAUCUGAGUGCAUCUAUCGGUAACGUGAUGGAUCUCCUCGGCAAGUUGUGCGCCAUUCCUCGGGUUUUGGAUGUUCUCCAGAUCAAUGCCGAAAUGGACCCUAGUCAAGACUUCAGAAACCUGGUCCCCAGACUGUAUCCUUUCUUCCGACACAGCAUCACUAAUGUGCGAAAGAGCGUCUUGACGACCAUGUUGACUCUUUUAGGUGUUGGUAAGGGCGAUGGGAAGACUCCCUGGGUGACCACUCACCUGUUGAGACUCGUGUUUCAGGUUCUUUUGGUUGAGCAGAACCCUUCGGUGACAGCUCUGGCACACGAGCUUUGGACGGCCCUGCUGGCUGCUGCUCCCAGCGAAGAACUCACCAAAUUCCCAUUUGUGGGCUAUUUAUCUCUACUUAUGACUCCCAUUGGUGUGGCUCGUCAUUCUCACAAGAUGGAAACCUCUCUGUUUGUCAAGCCCAGUGGAGGUAUUUACUCUGUCGAUAAGAACACCAAGCGAAAGACGACAACUGACAAGGAGACCGAUUGGGGCAGUCAGCAACUGGUGGUCAACAUUGAUAACCCCAUUUUGCUUGGAGAUAUCAGUAUUGUUCCUUACGAUGUUUUCCUGCGAAUCAGAGUUACGUCUGCCGGUGCAUUUGCCCAGCUACUUCGACUUGGAGACGAGUCUCUUCUGCAAGGUCUCCAACCUCGUCUGGACAAGUAUGCUCGAUCUAAGUACUCCACCCAGCGAUUAGUUGCUGCUCUUAUCUUUGACGAAUGUGGGCCUUCUGCCAAGCUGUUUCUUCCCUCUGUUUCUGAGCUCCUUGUUGCUCCUCCUCCUGCUGCCAUGUACGCCGACAUUACACCUUUCCUCAAGGCUGUUCGAACGCAGGCUCUUUCUGCUCUGCGAGUCUUCGCUGACGCUGGAGGAGCCAGCACUGCUGCCAAGCUUCCUCAGCUGCCUAUUCUGGUACAGGGAGAAGCUGACGCUGGACCCGAGGCCUUUUCUUUGGAGCAGGCUCAGAAGCUGAUUGACGUGGACGUGCCGAAGCUCAGAAAGACUAUUUCCACUACCGCUCGACUUUCUUCCGGCCAGCUCAUGGAGGACUCGCUCCUGGCUCUUUCUCAGGCCAUGGAGGAAGCGCACGAGGCGAAGACCCAGAGAGAUGUGUCUAUCCAGAGCACGUUGGCAUCUGCCGUUAUUCAUAUUGGCGGCCUUCCUCCCAAGCUCAACGGAGUCAUCAGAGCUCUAAUGGACUCCAUCAAGGGUGAGGAGCAUGUCAUCUUGCAGGAUCGAGCUGCUGCAACGAUUGUGCAUCUGGUUGAUUUGUUUGGAGCUGCUGGCAAGACCGGAGCCACCGACAAGAUCAUCAAGAACCUGUGUGCCUUCCUGUGUGUCGACACCUCCGAGACACCUGAAUUUCACUUCAACGAAAAGGUGGAGUCUAACAUUCUGUCCCUGCGAAAGGAGGAAGCCAAGACCGACCCUGCUGACGUCAUUGCUCACCAGCGAGAAGUCAAGGCAGCAAGAAUCAAGCGAGGGGGUGCCCAGACAGCUCUUCAGGGCAUGUUGGUCGAGUUUGGAGACCAUGUGUUUGAAAAGUGCAAAAAGCUUGAGUCCAUCAUGUUCGACCCUCUCAAGGUGGAGCUCAACUCGGACAGUGUCUAUGCUCCAGAAGACACCUCUGGCCAGUCUGUGGUUGACUCUCUGAGUAUUAUCCGAGCUCUGGUGCCCUGUCUGUCUACUAACUUGCAUUCGAAGAUUAUGGAGAUUCUGCCCAGCGUCUUCACCCACCUGGGAAGCAAGUUUGCCGUGGUGCGAUACGCUGCUGCGAAGUGUUUUGCCACCAUUUGUGCCACUCUUCCUCUUCAGGCCAUUCCGGAGCUGGUUCGAAUCGUCCUGCCUAUGCUCAACGACCCUCUGUCUCUCCACAGACGCCAGGGAGCUGUCGAGUGCAUCUACCACCUCGCUGCCAUCAUGGGCAACGAUGUUCUUCCCUACGUUGUGUUUUUGAUUGUUCCUAUUCUGGGUCGUAUGUCAGAUGCCGAUCAGGACGUGCGUCUGAUUGCCACCACCACUUUUGCCCAGAUCGUCAAGCUGGUUCCUCUCGAAAGUGGUAUCCCGGACCCCGAAGGCAUGUCCAAGGAACUGCUUGAGGGUCGAGACAAGGAGCGAGAGUUCCUGCAGCAGAUGCUGGACGUGUCCAAGAUCAAACCCUUCCCUCUGCCUGUCAGCAUUAAGGCAACGCUGCGAAAGUAUCAGCAAGACGGAGUCAACUGGCUGGCCUUCCUCAACAAGUAUCAACUUCACGGUAUUCUGUGUGACGAUAUGGGUCUCGGAAAGACUCUGCAGACCAUUUGUAUUGUGUCGUCUGAUCAUUAUCUGCGUGCUGAAAAGUACAAGGAGCUGGAGGGCAAGUACAAGGAGCUGGAGAGCGCCGGAAACACGGACGCUGCCUCUCUGGACGGCCUCAAGAGCGAAAUGGCGCAAGUCAGAGCUCUCCCUUCGCUCAUUGUCUGUCCCCCCACCCUCAUUGGACAUUGGAAACACGAGCUCAACACCUAUGCCCCCUUCCUGUCUGUUCUCAUGUACGCUGGACAUCCCUCUCAGCGAUACCUGCAUGCCGACUCUCUGCACAAGUACGAUAUUGUGGUCACUUCCUACGAUAUCUGUCGAAACGACAAUGCUGUCUUCACCAAACAGCAAUACAACUACUGUGUUCUUGACGAGGGCCAUAUCAUCAAGAACCCCCAGUCCAGACUCACCCAGAGCGUUAAAAAGAUCCACGCCAACCACCGUCUGAUUCUGUCAGGUACUCCCAUCCAGAACAAUGUUCUUGAGUUGUGGUCGUUGUUCGACUUCCUCAUGCCCGGUUUCCUGGGUACCGAGAAGGUUUUCAAUGAGCGGUUUGCCAAGCCUAUUGCUUCUUCUAGAAACUCCAAGUCUUCUUCCAAGGAGCAGGAAGCGGGAGCUCUGGCUUUGGAGGCUCUGCAUAAGCAGGUUUUGCCCUUCCUGCUGCGACGUCUCAAGGAGGACGUGCUGUCUGAUCUGCCCCCUAAGAUCAUCCAGGACUACUACUGCGAACUAUCCGAGCUACAGCGAGAGCUGUACGGCGACUUCGCCAAGAAGCAAAAGUCUGUGGUCGAAAACGAAAUCACCACAGAGACGGUCGAGUCCAAGCAGCACGUGUUCCAGGCUCUACAGUACAUGCGAAAGCUGUGCAACCACCCUGCUCUGGUUCUUAAUGAGCGGCAUCCAAAGUUUAGCAAGAUCAUGAAGCAGUUUGGAGGAGCUACAGGUGUCAAAUCCAUCAACAAUGCUCCCAAGCUGCAGGCUCUUCAGCGACUUUUGUUGGAUUGUGGUAUCGGAGAGACCAAGGGAGCUGAGGCUAAGAAUGGCACCAGCAAGAAGCAACAUUCUGAAGGCGAUGUCCCUGUUAUUUCUCAGCACCGAGCUCUCAUUUUCUGUCAGCUCAAGGACAUGCUGGACAUUGUUGAGAACGAGCUCUUUAAGAAGUAUAUGCCUACAGUUACGUUUAUGCGACUGGACGGAUCUACUGAAGCUCGACAUCGACACGAUAUUGUCCAGAAGUUCAACGCUGAUCCUUCCAUCGAUGUUUUGCUUCUUACCACCCAUGUGGGUGGCUUGGGCCUCAACCUGACUGGUGCUGAUACCGUCAUCUUUGUGGAACACGACUGGAACCCAAUGAACGAUCUGCAGGCCAUGGACCGAGCCCAUCGAAUCGGCCAGAAGAAGGUGGUCAACGUCUACCGACUCAUCACCCGAAACACUCUUGAGGAGAAGAUUAUGGGUCUGCAAAAGUUCAAGCUCAACAUUGCGUCCACGGUCAUCAACCAGCAGAACUCCGGUCUCUCUUCCAUGGACACUGAUCAACUGCUUGAUCUCUUUAAUGUCGACGACGUGGCAGCGGCUGGUAACGGAACCGCAGCGGCGGAUGCAAACGCCGAGGACGCCGGUUUGGAUGCCACUGGAUCGCUUGGCAAGAAGAACCCUGCUUUGGCCGAUCUCGGCGAGUUGUGGGACGAAGGAGAGUACACCGAGGAGUACAACCUGGACAACUUCAUCCAGUCUCUCAAGUAA